UGGGGGAAAAAAGAGUAUAAAAGAAGAGGGAAGCCUUUGAUUGAGUUCAGGAACAGGUGGUAGAGAGGUAAGAAGAGAUGGCCACUUCUUCUCUUCACUCCUGCACAGUUCAUCGAUCUCGUGCCACCAUUAACAGACUGCAUAUUUUCUUCCACUUCACAGCCCUAAUAGCUCUCCUCUACUACAGAAUCUCUCACCUCUUCCAUGGCGACGUACCCUUUUUGUCAUGGUCACUUAUGUUCAUAGCUGAGCUAAUUCUAAGCUUCAUAUGGCUCCUAACACAACCCUUCCGGUGGCGGCCGGUUACUCGGUCCGUUUACCCGGAAAAUCUCCCAGGAGAUGAGGCGUUGCCUGGGGUUGAUGUGUUCAUAUGCACAUGUGACCCCAAGAAGGAGCCAAUACUUGAGGUGAUGAACACAGUUUUGUCGGCCAUGGCGCUCGAUUAUCCGGUGGAUAAGCUCGCCGUUUAUCUUUCCGACGACGGGGGCACCGCCUUGACGUUGCAUGCUGUGAAAGAAGCAUGUUCUUUUGCUAGGUCUUGGCUUCCUUUCUGUAGAAAAUAUGGAAUCAAGACUAGGUGUCCUGAAGCAUAUUUUUCAUCUUUUGGAGAUGAUGAACGUCUGAGCCUCUGGAGUGAUGAAUUCAAGGCAGAUGAAGAGGAAAUUAAGUUAGCAUAUGAAAUCUUCAAGAAAGAAGUGGAGAAAUCUGGAAUAGCUGAUUCCAUGGUGCAUGAUCGACCUCCUUGUGUCCAGGUAAUACAUGAUAAUAGGAAGGAUGACCAAAUCAAGAUGCCUCUCCUCUUUUAUGUAUCCCGUGAGAAAAGGCCAUCACAGCCUCAUAAUUUUAAGGCUGGAGCUCUGAAUGCUCUCCUUCGAAUUUCUGGGAUAAUGAGUAACGCCCCUUACUUACUAGUACUAGAUUGCGACAUGUAUUGCAAUGACCCUACGUCAGCCAGACAAGCAAUGUGCUUCCAUCUCGACCCCCAGAUGUCUCGCUCUCUGGCUUUCGUGCAAUAUCCUCAGAUGUUCUACAAUCUUGCUCGAAAUGAUAUCUACGAUGGCCAAGCAAGAUCAGCUUUCAAGACAAAAUGGCAAGGUAUGGAUGGGCUACAAGGUCCAGCUUACACCGGUACAGGCUAUUACAUGAAGAAAAAGGCAUUAUAUGGGAGUCCUGAUCAGAAGGAUGAAUUUCUUCUUGAGCCGGCAAAGAACUUUGGUUUGUCAAGCAAGUUCAUUGCUUCAUUAGCAGGAGGCAGCAAUAAACAAGAUAUUGAAGGAAAGGGAGUUGUAUCAGAUGCAAUUUUAGAAGAGGCUAGAACUUUGGCUUCCUGCACCUUUGAAAAAAACACAGAGUGGGGUAAAGAGAUAGGUUACUCUUAUGGUUGCUUGUUAGAGAGUACCAUGACGGGGUAUCUUCUGCACUGCAGAGGGUGGACCUCUGCCUACCUUUAUCCUAAAAGGCCUUGUUUCUUGGGUUGUACAACAAUCGAUUUGAAGGAUUCCUUGGUUCAACAGAUGAAAUGGAGCUCUGGAUUAAUUCAAGUUGGUCUGUCAAAGAUCUGUCCUCUCACAUACGGUUUGUCAAGGAUGUCUAUACUUCACAGCAUGUGCUAUGGAUACUUCUUUUUCUCAUCCUUGGGUUGCAUUGCUCUUCUGUUAUAUGCCAUUGUUCCUCAGUUGGGCCUUUUCAGUGGCGUUUCCAUGUUCCCCAAGGUAUCAGACCCCUGGUUUGCCGUGUUUGCAAUUGUGUAUACAUCCUCCAUUUGUCAGCAUCUCUAUGAAGUCCUCUCUUCGGGUGGAUCAUUUACAACAUGGCGGAAUGAAUACAGAAUGUGGAUGAUCAGGCUGGUUACAGCAUGCUUGUUUGGAUGCUUAGAUUUUUUGUUGAAGUUGCUAGGUAUAACAAAAGAAAGCUUCAGGUUAACGAAUAAAGCAGUUGAACAAGACAAGCUCGAAAAGUACAACAAAGGAAAAUUCCACUUCCAAGGGGCUGAAAUGUUCAUGAUACCUUUGAGAUUAUUAGUCAUAUUGAAUUUGGUAUGCUUUGUAGGUGGAAUGAAAAGGGUAUUGAUUGAGGGAGACUUUGAAGGCAUGUUUGGACAAUGUUUCCUCUCUUCUCUCAUUCUGUUUUUCAGCUAUCCCAUACUGGAAAGUUUGUUGCCACGGAGAGGCAAAUGAAAGCAAUGAGCCAUUGGAACUUCCUUUUGCUCAAAAGGAUUUGGCCUCUUGCGCCUUGGAAAAUGGAAUUCCUUAUGUACUUCAAUAAGACUGCUCAUAGAUUCUCCCACAAGUGAAUGGAUGAUGAAAGGAAAGGAAAAAAAUCAAAGCUAUGAGCUCUUUGAACCUUCUGUACUUUUAUUUUGCAGACAGUAGUAGUUUUAUGUUGCAUUUAAUGAACAGAUCACAUUUACUGAUAAAGUGUGAAGGUUGUUUGGCUCGAGUGAAUAUCAGUUUGAAUAUCAAGAUUAUCCUUAUGCCAAGUUGCG